UAUAAAAACUAUAUCAUAUGUCAUCGAUAAACAUUGCAUUGGACAGCAUUGGACUGUUGUAGUAACACAAUACUAUAAAAUACGAUUAUAACUUAAUCAAACUUUAAAAAAAUCAUUAAAGAAUGUGCAGUGACUGAUGUUUCAUGCUAGCGAUAAUACUUAAAUUAUGAAGCAAAGUUAGUGGUUGUGAUUGUGACUUUUGCAAACUGUGACUUUAUUUUCAGUCUAGAUAUAGUUCUUUAGACAAAAAAUGUCAUCACGGCACGAAAUUCAACGACAUGAGCGUUCAGAACGCGCAUCUUCGAAACAACGACAUGACCAAAGGCAUAAAAGUUAUGAGAGAACUCGACCUCAGUCUCCUAAAUCAUCAAAGCAGCGAUCCCAUACCAGAGACAGAAAGCAGGCUAAACACAAGAAGAGUAAGAAAAAGAAAAGGCAAUCGUCUAGCAGCAGUUCCAGUAGUGAUAGUGAUGAAGAGGAGCUUAAGUUGUUGCAAAGGCUUGAGGCCGAACGACUCCGGCUGAAGGAAGAAAAGAAAAAACAGAAAGAACAACUUAAGGCAAAUGAAACACCAGAGGAGAAGAGGGCACGGCGUUUACGGGAAAAACAAGAAAAGGAACGCAAGCGUCGUGAACGAAUGGGUUGGGAUAAUGAAUACCAAUGCUACACCAAUCAGGACAAUCCGUUUGGAGACUCUGCGCUCACCAACACUUUCGUCUGGACCAAGAAACUUGCCAAGGAAGGUGUCAAGACUGUGUCACGCGAUGAACUGGAAGCUCUCAAUCGGCAAAAGCAGUUAGAAAAUAAAAUAGAAUUGGAAAAGGUGAAGCAGCGGCGCCUGGAGCGCGAGGCGGAGCGCGUGGCGCGCGAGGCGGAGGCGGCGGCCGCGGCGCGCGCGCGCGAGGCGCUGCAGUUCCACACCUGGGCGCGCCAGGAGGACGCCUUCCAUCUGCACCAGGCGCGCCUGCGCUCGCAGAUACGCAUUCGCGACGGACGAGCAAAGCCCAUAGACCUCCUCGCGUGGUACGUGAGCUCGGAGGAAUGUGUGGAUGCGCUGGAAAUGCACGAGCCGUAUACUUACCUCAACGGUUUGCAGAGCCAGGACCUGGAAGAUCUAUUAGAAGAUAUCAAGGUGUACAAGGAGCUGGAGAACAACGCGAACCAGGCGUACUGGGAGGACGUGCAGACCAUCGUGCUGGACGAGCUCAGCAAGCUGCGGCGCCUGGCCGCGCCCGACGCGCGCCGCGACGGCGUGCACCAGGCCGUGGCCGACGACGUCACGCAGAUAUUCAAGGGCAAGACGGGCGCGCAGCUGGAGGCGCUGCAGACUCAGAUCGAGCAGAAGAUCAGCGGCCGCCACGACGGCGUCGACGUGGGCUACUGGGAGAGCUUGCUCAGCCAGCUUAAAGCGCACAUGUCGCGCGCGCGGCUCCGCGACCGCCACCAGACCAACCUGCGCCGCAAACUGCAGCUGCUCAAGCAGGAGCAGGGUGUGCAACCCGUGCAGCAGGAGCAGGGCGUGCAACCUGAGCAGCAGGAGCAGGCCGUGCAACCUGAGCAGCAGGAGCAGGCCGUGCAAUCCGUGCAGCAGGAGCUCGCCGAGCAAUCCGAGCAGCAGGAGCAGCCCGUGCAACCCGCGCAGCAGGAGCUGGGCGUGCAAUCCGCGCAGCACGAGCAGGAGCUGCAGGCCGCGCAGCACUCACAAGAGCUGCAGGCCGCUGCGGCUGCGGGCGCGCAGCAGUCGGCGGGCGGCCCCGCGUGGGACGAGGGCGGCGCGGCGGCGUGCGUGGCGCUGUACGAGGCGGGCCGCUACUCGCCCGCGCCGCUGGCGCCGGCCGCGCUGGAGCCGGGCACGCUGCUGACGGAGCCGGCGCACGACGCGCAGCGCCUGGCCUACCUGCGCGCGCGCCUGGCGCCGGCCGCCGCCGCGCCGCCCGACCCGCUGGAGCGCGAGGCGCGGCGCGCGAUGGCGGCGGUGGCGGCGGACGCGGACGAGGCGCAGUUCAGCGUGGAGCACGCGCUGCCGGAGCAGCCGUGCCUGUGGGCCGACAAGUACCGCCCGCGCAAGCCGCGCUACUUCAACAGGGUACACACGGGCUUCGAGUGGAACAAGUACAACCAGACUCACUACGACAUGGACAAUCCUCCUCCGAAGAUCGUGCAAGGUUACAAGUUUAACAUCUUCUACCCGGAUCUAAUAGACAAGAAUGCCACGCCGGAGUUCUCUCUGAAACCGUGCCCCGAGAAUCCAGAUUUCGCAGUCCUGAGGUUCCACGCAGGCCCGCCUUACGAAGACAUUGCGUUCAAAAUCGUGAACCGCGAGUGGGAGUACUCGUACAAGCGCGGCUUCCGCUGCCACUUCCACAACAACAUCUUCCAGCUGUGGUUCCACUUCAAGAGAUACCGCUACCGCCGCUAGUACUACAGCCGAUUCAAAUAUCACUCACUUUCAGCACGCAGUUUACAUACUAAACCAAGUCGAUUUAAAAAACCAGCUGUGGCCGUGAUUUUUUAAUGGAUGUUGUGGAUAAUUCUUUUUUAUUCUUAUUUCAGCCCUUUUUUGCGACUGUAAACAUGUAUCAGUUUUGCUCGAGCAUUAUUUUAUGUUUUAAAACAAACGUUAUAAUAAAAGUUAAAAUAAAUAUCAACUUCCUGCAUCAAUAGAAGGUCAAUCUUUAUAUGUUUUAUACUUUUAUUACCAAAUUUUCAAGAUUGUUCAAAAUCUGUAGGUCGAGUAACUAAUAUCCUGGGUCCCUGGCCUCCCCUAGUAUUGUAUAAUUUGUAUACCAUACUUAAUAGGUACAUAUGUCAAUUAACCUUUUGAACGCCACGGACGUUUAUAGACGUCAACAAAACGACAUUUUUUAAAUACAAAAUAAAUAUACUAAAUUAA